AUGUCUGGCGUGAUGCUUCGGUCCGUUGUUGGUUGCGGUAAAGUUGGAUUUGGUCUUGGUCUUGGUCUGAAGCGUGAGGUUCGUCUGGACAGCACGGUCGCCCGUGUGACUCGCGGUGUGUCCUGGGGUCCGAGCAAGAGCAAGAGCAGUGCCAAAGUGCUGAUGGCCGGUGCUGGGUUGCUUUCUGGUGCUGGGUUACUUGCCCCGCGGAGUAAGGUGAUGAACGAGGUCGCCGCGGCACGCCCUUUGCUUGUCACUGAGCAAGGGACAGUGGCUGUGCCCUCGCACGCGCAACGCAAGGCAGUGUACAAGCAGCUGUGUCUUGGGUCCAUCCUCGGUGUCGUCUGCGGCGUCGUGAUGGUGAAAGUGUCCGGGCUGCUCGUGUACACGACCGUGUUCGGGUUGUUGCUCUUCGAGUGGCUCCGUGCGAGGGGGCUCGUCGACGUCCGUGGCGAGCAACUCAUCAAGUUCGGCAAAGCACAGGGCCAGUGGCUUUCGCAGUACGCCCGCAUCGAGAGCGUGAACGUGUUCAGGGCCUCGUUCUUGGGGACGCUGGUACUGACGUACUGGAACUCGAAUUGA